GGAAACGUGACGAAACGUGCGUGUGGAAACAGGCAGGAGGUCCCACAGGACUCAGUUCCCUUUCUGUUUAAGUACUUGUUUUGUUGCUGAAUUAAGAUCUUUGUGUCUGAAGAGUUCAGGUGGCUUAUUGCGGCUCUCCCGACCAAUUCCCCCUAAGGGGGGCUCAGUCCGGCGAGGUUCCUGGAGUUUGUCCCAAGUCGGCGCAGCUCCUGCAGACAUGGCCGAUGAAGGGUUAAUGAUAAAUAUUACCACUAACACCUCCAUCAAAAGGAAUCAGAGGGACCAUCAGCGCAAGACUUUCAAAAGUACAGAAAAUAGGGCACAGCCCAGCAGAGGAAAACAUCGAUUACAGGAAAACUCGAAAAGUGUCCCUCCUGUGAAAGCAACAACACAGUCACCUUAUACAGUGAGCAAAACACACAGCAAUGCCAAGAAGCGACCUCAGUGUGAGCAGGUGCCCAGCUUGGCUCCAAAGAAAAGAAAAAUAGUGGAAGAGCCGGGGGACAGAGGAGAGCAAAAGAUGAUGGAUCCUAUCAAAACCUCUUCUUUAUUUAGAAACAACCCCACGAUCCCGGAGAUUCACAAGCAGACAGUGAAAACAUUAAAAGAAUCUAUUUUUACGACAAACCAUUUCAAGGAAGUUGUUGAGCUCCACCCACAUCUGGUCUCCACACUCAGUGAUGUCCUGAAAGUUUCUACCAUGACCAGCAUCCAGAAGCAAGCAAUUCCUGUACUGCUUAAUGGGGAGGAUGCCCUGAUACAGUCACAAACUGGCUCAGGUAAAACAUUAGCAUAUGGUGUUCCUCUGGUCCAGUCUUUGCAGUCUGUUCAACCUAAAAUACAACGUUCUCAUGGACCGUAUGCAGUUGUCAUUGUACCAACCAGAGAGCUGGCCCUGCAAAGCUUUGACACUGUGCAGAAACUGAUCAAGCCAUUUAUGUGGAUUGUGCCAGGAGUGCUAAUGGGAGGAGAAAAGCGAAAAUCUGAGAAAGCCAGGUUACGUAAAGGUAUAAAUAUUCUUGUAUCAACUCCAGGACGAUUGGUGGACCACAUAAAAAACACAAAGAAUAUUUGCUUUACCCGUGUACAAUGGCUAAUUAUUGAUGAAGCUGACAGAUUGCUGGACCUGGGUUUUGAGAAGGAUAUCACUGUGAUUCUGAAUGCUCUAAAUGCAGUGAAUAUGAAGAGGCAAAAUGUUCUCCUCUCUGCCACCCUAACGGAUGGAGUGAAUCGAUUAGCUGGAAUCAGUUUGAAAGAGCCAGUUAAUAUUAACAUCACUGAAACUAACCAGUCCACAAUUGAGUUUGCAGCAAAAAAAAUAAGCACUGAUCAAGUGAAUAUCAGUAAGGAUUCCAAUAGCUAUUCAAUUCCAGAACAACUUCAACAGUUUAUGGUUCUAAUUCCAAGCAAACUGCGACUGGUCACACUUUCAGCAUUCAUUCUCCAAAAAUUCAAGAUUGGAAAGAAACUGAAAAUGAUCAUAUUUUUCUCCAGUUGCGAGUCUGUGGAAUUUCACUACAACCUUUUCACAAAUGCCCUUACUUCAUAUUCUGACAGCAAGGAGCAAAAACAAUUACCUUUCUCAGCUUGUAAGAUGCUGUUUCUGCGAUUGCAUGGGAACAUGGAACAGGAGGCGAGAAAGCAAACUUUUCUGGAGUUUUCACAAUCAGAUAUGGGUGUCCUUCUUUGCACUGACGUAGCAGCACGUGGGCUGGACCUUCCAGAAGUCACGUGGAUUGUUCAGUACAAUGCUCCAACCUCACCUGCAGAAUACGUUCAUAGAGUGGGUAGGACAGCCCGGAUUGGAUCUUGUGGAAACAGUCUCCUUUUCCUCACUCCUUCUGAAGCAGAAUAUGUGAAUACCCUUGUUUCUCACCAAAUCAGUGUCUCUGAAAUAAAAAUGGAGGAUAUACUGUGUACACUGUUGAUAGAGCGUGUUCAAAGGAAAAAAUCUGGAAACAAGUUGGAAGCUGCUAUUCUGCAGGAAAUAAGGGAAUCGGCAACAGCCUUGCAAAAGGUGUAUGAGACCUUCGUGCAUUCAAGCAAAGAAAAUCUUCUGCAAGCCAAGAAAGCUUUGCAGUCAUUUAUUCGAGCAUAUGCCACGUAUCCAGCAAAUCUAAAGCAGAUCUUUCAUGUGAAAUCCCUUCACCUUGGACACACUGCCAAAAGCUUUGGACUUAGAGAUGCACCACAGAAGCUGAGUGGCACGAUAAUGGCCAAUGAGCUGAAGAAGAAUCUUAAACCAGUAGUGAAGAGGUCUGGCUUGGGCAGGAAUCUUUCCACUAAGGCCCAAGUAGCUUUGAAAUUCCAAUCCGAAUAUUCAAGUGGACUUGGAGAAAAAUUUUAUAAGAUAAAGAAAAAGCAAAAGCCUUUAAAGAGUCACAGACCCCAGUCAGAAGCCCUCUGAAGUGAGCUACAGACACUUUGUCAAAGGUUAUGCUACUAAUGCUGAAUAAGUGCCAUCAUUAUGAAGUUACAGGACUGCCCAAAUGGACAGAACAAAGUCUGCUGACCUGAAUGAGAUGCUUGUAAUUUAUAUUUACACAGAAGAGAAUAAAAUAAUUGCAGAUUUAAACAAAGUGAAUUUAAAUCAAUUUCUAAUAGCCUUUGCAGGUCUUGAAACAGGAAUUUGCUCCAACCCGAUACAAAGCCAGAAACAGCACCGUCCCAAGGACAGACGAGGAGCAUUCAAACCAAUUGUGACCUACAGGUGUACUUCUCAGAAAAUGGUCUGCAUUUUGUUUUCUGCUCUAGAUGUAAAAUAUGGACAGACCUCCUGUGUCACUACAGAACACCUACCGAGGGCAAGAAAUGGAAUGAGAUCACUGUUCCAUUUCCCCUUUAUGCCCUCUCUGACUUUGUCGUGCCCUCCACCUGUUUGAGCACCCAACCUCCCUUUCUGCCCUGUAAGUGGAACAGUGUCUGUAAGGAGUCUGUAUGUCCUUGUACGUGGGUUUCCUCUAGGCGCUCAUUUCCUCCCUUAUUCCAACGACGUGUGGGUAAGCUAUGUGAUGCUAGAAGCGUGGGGACGCUUGCAGGCUGUUCCCAGCAUAUUCAGACUGUUUUGGUUGUUGACGCCAAUGAUGCAUUUCCCUGUAUGUUUCGAUGUAUAUACACAUGACAAGUAAAGAUAAUCUUAACCUCUAUCUCUCACUUCUUGAAUCUUCUAUAACAUCUAAAAAUUCAUACCUAGAACUCCUUGCUCGCAUUCUUUACUGUUGUGUCUUCUCCCCAUUUCCUUAUGGAAACGUAUGCUAUCAGAAUAAAUAAUGAAUCCUUUUUGGUUAUAGUAAUCAGUCCUUUCCCGGCACCCUUAGUGCUCCUGCUGUCUCUGCCUGGACUGACCGUGCCAUUCUUCAGUGCCUGUCCAUCAUCAUCCAGUCAGGUGGGUCUGCAGUCACCUGAUGCCAUUUUUAUCAAUCCGAUGUUGUCCUGGACCCCUCCUAGUUCCCAAUCUAGCUGCUGCUCCAAGACAACAGGAUCAGAUUCAGGAUCCUCCAGCUCCACGUCACCAUCACUUCCUUCCAACACCCUCCACAGUCUUUAAAACCUCAGAUUACUUAUCCCACAUCAGUAAUGAUGAACCGAUAUCUCAUUGGACCAGAUUAAAGAAAACUAUAAGUAUUACAUAAAUACCCUCUGCUGGCUGUGACUCCUUAAUCUCUGGUUCCAUCCCUCUUUCUAACUAGUGUUAGCAGCUGAAUCUGAUUGGUCAUAGUGUGUGUGUCAUAUUUGACCUCAAGGUCACGUAUCCAAACCAUCACAUGGACCACCCACCCAAUAGAAUAGCCCGCCUCUGUGGAAUUUGUUUCCCAAGUCUUUGUUACCUGAAUACCUGAUAAUUCCAAUACAUACCUGUCCAACUUAACUCAGUCUACAAAUAACAUAAUCGAAGUUUCUGUCGUCCAGAGGUUGUUCACCCACCAGCCCAACCCUUGUCCUCACUAACACAUUGACUGCUCAUUCACUCACAGCUGAAUUUAAAAACGUCCUUGUUUACAGAAUUCUCUGUCACCUUUAACUUUGAUAUCUUCCACCCGAGAUGUCUGGACUCCUCCAAUUCUGAGUUUCGACCUCUUGGUCAUCCCCAAAUAUAAACCCUUCCACCAUUGUUCACUUUGUCUUUGGCUGCCAAAGUUUAGUUUCUGGAAUUUCCUUCCUAAACCUUUACCCCUUCUCUUUUGAUGUUUUCAUUAAAGCCUGCCUAGUGUUAUCUUACCUAAUCUGGUGUCAG